AUGCAUCUACAAGCUUUGACUUUGGCAAGCCUUGGCAGGGGUGGUGGUGGAGGGCCCCCCAAAUCUUGGAUUGAAGAGGUCUUCAGUAAAAGAGAAUGUGCACACAUUAUUCCCAGCUCAAAAGGUCCACACAGAUGUCCUGCAGGAUGCCAGGUGUGUCAGAAUUUAAUCAGAUGUUGCUGCGGACGGCUGAUUGGAGAGCACCCAGGAAUAGAAUGCAGCUGGCCUGUUUAUCAGGCUGGUCCACAGAGCUUUGGUGGAGAAUGGUCUGUGCAAAAACACACAAAAAUGAGUCCCACAGAUGCGUUUGGUACAAUCAAUUUUCAAGAUGGAGACCACACUUACCAUGCCAAGUAUAUUAGACUUUCUUAUGAUAGCAAUUUGGAUCAGCUGUUGCACCUGAUGGUUAAAGAAUGGCAGAUGGAAUUGCCAAAGCUAAUGAUCUCUGUUCAUGGAGGCAUUCAAAAUUUCAAGCUUCCCUCAAAGGUCAAGCAGGUUUUCAGCAAAGGGCUGGUGAAGGCAGCUGAGUCUACAGGAGCAUGGAUAAUUACAGAAGGCAUCAACAGCGGAGUGUCCAGGCAUGUGGGGGAUGCACUGAAAGGCCGUGCCUCACCACACCUGAGAAAGAUCUGUGCUAUUGGGAUUCCUCCAUGGGGUAUCAUUGAGAAUCAGAGGGAUCUCAUUGGAAAAGAUGUAGUUUGCCUGUACCAGACUCUUGGUAACCCACUCAGCAAGCUGAGUACGCUCAACAGCAUGCAUUCUCAUUUUCUACUGGCAGAUGAUGGGACAGUAGGCAAGUAUGGGAAUGAAAUGAUGCUCAGGAGAAAUUUGGAGAAAUACAUAUCGCUUCAAAAAAUACACACAAGAAAGGGCCAAGGUGUUCCCAUAGUGGGGCUGGUGCUGGAAGGAGGCCCCAGUGUGAUCCUGAUGGUGUGUGAGUAUGUGAGGGCCAGCCCAGCUGUCCCAGUGGUGGUCUAUGAGGGCACUGGCAGAGCUGCAGAUAUCCUGGCAUUUACCCACAAGCACACGGGUGAUACGGGGGAUCUCUGUCCUCAAGUGAAGGAGGAGAUCUUAAUGAUGAUCCAGAACAUAUUUAGGUUGGAACAGAAGCAGUCCAGUCGUCUAUUUCAUGUUUUGAUGGAAUGCAUGAAACAUAGGGAGUCUAUAACCAUAUUUGAUGCGGAGUCAGAAGAUGAGCAGGACAUUGAUUUGGCAAUUCUGACAGCACUCUUGAAAGGUACGAAUAUGUCUGCUUCAGAGCAGCUGGAUUUGGCAUUGGCCUGGAACCAGCUCGAUAUUGCCAAGAAACACAUACUUGUUUAUGGGCAACACUGGAAGGUUGGUGCCUUGGAACAGGCGAUGCUGGAUGCUUUAGUCAUGGAUCGUGUGGAUUUUGUUAAACUAUUAAUAGAACACGGAGUGAACAUGCACCGUUUUCUUACCAUAUCUCGUUUGGAAGAACUCUACAAUACUAAACAAGGACCAUCAAAUCUGCUUUUACACCAUCUAGUUCGAGAUGUGAAAGAGAAUAGCCUUUCUUUGGAUUACAAGAUAUCACUGAUUGACAUUGGGCUAGUGAUAGAGUACCUCCUUGGUGAAGCUUAUCGGAGCAGCUACACAAGGAAGGAUUUCCGAAUUCUCUACAAUGAUCUCUACAGAAAACAUAAGAGAGUGGUCUCCAGCCUGCCUCAAAGCCUUUCUCAUUCCUUUCAUCAGAGUAAUCAGAUGGCUAGUGGAAUGGGAUCCACUGAAAGUACUUUGCAUUCUCAGUUCUUCAGAACUGCACAGCCUUACAAAUGCAAGGAAAGAUCCAGCCCUUUCCCAAAGUAUAAGAAGAAAUCAAAAGAGGAUAUAAACUAUGCAGAGAAUUAUGAGUCAACUGGCUUCAUCUACCCCUAUAAUGACCUCCUGGUUUGGGCAGUAUUAAUGAAAAGACAAAAGAUGGCUAUGUUCUUCUGGCAGCAUGGAGAAGAAGCCAUGGUCAAAGCUGUUGUUGCUUGUAAAUUGUACAGAGCAAUGGCACAUGAAGCUAAACAGAGCAACAUGGUGGAUGACACUUCAGAAGAACUCAAGAAGUAUUCAAAGGAAUUUGGGCAGCUUGCCUUAGAUGUGCUGGACAAAGCGUUCAAACAAAAUGAGCAGAUGGCCAUGAAGUUGCUGACCUAUGAACUGAAAAACUGGAGCAACUCAACUUGCUUAAAGCUGGCAGUGUCUGUGGGGCUGCGGCCCUUUGUGUCCCACACGUGCACACAAAUGCUGCUGACUGACAUGUGGAUGGGACGCCUGAAGAUGCGGAAAAACUCCUGGUUUAAGGUCAUUAUGAGUAUUCUCCUGCCUCCCACCAUACUGAUGCUGGAGUUUAAAAGCAAGGCAGAAAUGUCUCAUGUGCCUCAGUCUCAAGACUUCCACCAGUUGUGGUAUCAUGGGGAACAGAGCCCAAUCAGCUCUAAAGAUACUUUGAAGGGUUAUGAUGUGGAAAAGGCUGUUCAGAAGUCUGAUGAAAGCCACGCAGAUGGCAGACAAGGAAACCUGUCUGGAACUAGAAAAAUCUAUGAGUUCUACAAUGCACCAAUUGUCAAAUUCUGGUUUCACACGAUGUCAUACCUGGCAUUCCUCAUGCUCUUUACUUACACUGUGUUAGUGAAGAUGGAACCAAGACCAAGCAUGCAAGAGUGGCUUGUUAUCAUUUAUAUUUUAACUACUGCUAUUGAAAAAGGCAGGGAGGUAUUUAUCUCAGAACCUAGAAAAUUCCGCCAAAAGGUGAAGGUGUGGAUUUAUGAAUACUGGAAUUUUACUGAUUCUGUAGCUAUCAUCCUGUUUAUGAUUGGUUUUGGUUUACGCUGGUCCAACCCCCCUGUUCAAACUGCAGGGAGGCUCCUUUACUGCUUGGAUAUUAUAUUUUGGUAUACUCGGCUCCUUGAUCUGUUUGCUGUGAAUCAGCAUGCUGGCCCAUACCUGACAAUGAUUGGGAAAAUGACAGGAAACAUGUUCUAUAUUGUGAUUAUGAUGGCCAUAGUCCUGCUGAGUUUUGGGGUGUCACGAAAGGCAAUUCUUUCACCAGAGGAGCCCCCUUCUUGGACACUGGCGCGAGAUAUUGUAUUUCAGCCCUACUGGAUGAUGUUUGGUGAAGUCUAUGCUGGAGAAAUAGAUGUUUGUGAAACCGAUGAAGACUGUCCUCCUGGCUCCUUUCUCACACCAUUCCUGCAAGCUGUCUACCUUUUUGUGCAGUACAUCAUCAUGGUCAACUUGCUCAUUGCAUUCUUUAACAAUGUUUAUUUUGAUCUGAAAUCCAUAUCAAACAAGCUCUGGAAGUACAACCGUUACCGCUAUGUCAUGACCUACCGUGAGAAGCCAUGGCUGCCUCCACCAUUCAUCCUCCUGAGUCACAUUGGGCUUCUGAUGAAAUGCAUCUUCCACCACCAGCCCCCAAAUGAGCUGGACCAAGAGGAAGGCGAUGUUGGACUGAAGCUCUACCUGAGUGAUGAGGAGUUAAAGAAGCUCCAUGACUUUGAGGAACAAUGUGUAGAAGAGUAUUUUCAUGAAAAGAAUGAAAACCUGAGUUCCAGUGGUAGUGAAAGGAUCCGUUCGACCACAGAAAGAGUGGAAGAGAUGUUUCAACAACUUAAAGAAGUGCAUGAGAAGGUAUUUUAUAUCAAGGAGUCUUUACUCUCCCUGGAUAGCCAGCUAGGACAUUUGCAAGACCUGUCUGCCCUGACAGUGGACAUCCUGAAAGUGCUUUCAGCUGUAGACACUUUGAAGGUGGAAGAAGCCUUACUGGCUGACACAAAACAUCAAACAUGUAGGAAGCUACCCCAUAGCUGGAGCAAUGCAUUCUAUUCCAAGACUUUGAGCAGCCUGGAGGGCUUGUAUGACAAGAAAUACCACUAUUACAGCAUGCCACCCUCCCUCUUACGGAGCUUGGUGAAGACUCAGUCUCCAUCAGAGUGCAAACUCUUGAACUCUGAGAGUCACAAGAUGGUAGAAGACAGCUGUCAAAAGGCAGAAAUAGAAACAGACACCCUCACUUCUGGAGUAUCCUCUGAGACUAAGUCGACUCCUAGGUAUGGGCAGUUUUUGCUGGUGCCUCCCGAUCAUCAGGGAGGGUCUUCUUCUGAGGAUGUCACCUUAAAUUUGUCCUUUUUGAACACUGUUGCUAAGUAUAAGGAUGUAGCAUUCAGAGACCACUUGCAAAGUAGCAUUGUGGUUCAGCAAAACUUUCCCAGUAUCAGCUUCCUUGGAAAAGGGACAGAAGGUUAUCAGUGGAGCCAGAGAGACUGUGUUAUUCAUUUGCCAUCAGGAAAGAUUAAUGCUACAGAAGCUGCUCGUCCUCUUGAUCUUCAGGUACCUCUGGAUAUUGAAGAAAGUGCAGCAUCCCCCUGUGAUGAUAGGGAGGAAGCUGAAGGUGGUUAUGUGAACUGGGGAUUCUCUGAAGGUGAUGAAAAAGGAGUUUUCAUCUCAGAUUCAAAGAAGAAAGCCCUGUACCUACAUUCCUCCUAUGACAGGGACAACAGUCGCCAGAAUAAUCCUGCCAGGCAUGUCCAGUUAAGUGAUUUGAAGUCCUUCUCCUACAACUCUGUCAAGUCAUGUCACAGCAGCAGCAUCUCUCAGAACAGGCUGAAGCGCAGCAUCUCCUGGAUCAGCCCUCUCUGGAGGGACUGGAGUUUCUGCAGAAGCAACAGCUUACCAUCCCCUAAGAAAGAGAGAUCAGGGAAAAUCUGCAAGCCUGUAGGCGAAUCUCUAGGAUCCUGUGAGCUACACCACAUUGAGGAAGCAAAAGCAAAGCAGCAAAACAGAGACAGAAAAUCUGGGAGAGGAAAGAGGAAUCAAAAACCUCUUCAGGUGCCGGUGAUUAGAGUGGAUGAUUGUCCCCAGAAUACUCAAGUGAACUCAGAGCCUGCAGAGAUCAAUGUCUGGAAUGAGCAAGAGAAGAGCAGCAAGAAUUGGCUCACCGUGUCAAAUUUCAGUCAGCUAAGUUUGGAACGUCUCUAUUACAAGCACCAGAAAAUUAAAAAUUCAGAUGUCAAUAGACAUACCAUACCAUUCUGUGAUUACCUGAUGCAUUCUCAAGAGGAUUGCAGUAAUAGUGCAUUUGGAAACACUAAGAAAAGUAAUCUGAACAUGAACUCCUUAUUGAGAACUCCAGAGGAAACUGACAAUAUCUUCUCCUGUUUGAAAACAUCUCAAGAUUUGCAUCUUCACUACUCAGCUGUUGAAAGGAACAACUUAAUGAGACUUGCUCAGACCAUACCAUUUACACCAGUCCAGCUCUUUGGUGUUGGGGAAAACCUUACAGAUCCAUCUGUGAUUAAACCCGAAGACAAAAAAUCUGGAAAGAUGGUAUUUGGACCAGCAAACUUAGGAGAAGGUGCAAUAAGAAACUUCAUUGAAAAGCACCGUUGUAAUUCUUGCUGCAGAAAGCUGAAACUUCCUGAUUUGAGAAGAAGUGACUACAGAUUGGAAACUGCUGGUCCAGCCUUCGGAAUAGAAAUGGAAACAAGCACCAAAGAACCUGAUGAUACAGAUGAGCCUUCUGAGUAUGACUCACAGCUGUGA